AUGCACUCCAUUAACAUUCGGGUCGGGGGGAUGAUCGCCUUGGUUCAAUCGAGCAGUCCCCCUGCGCGCAAAAAGAGCGCCGAGGGUGCAGCAUUCGAGAACAACUUGGAAGGCUACGACACUUCGCAGCUCGUUCAGAUCAAAGGUCGAGUUGCACGGUGUUUGGGGCGGCGCCAGACAGCAUUGGUCUGGUUGAGCUCAUUGAGCUCAUUGUUGACUUUCACAGUGGUGUCUUGGCCUCUCUUCAAGCUGGCGGUUCCACAUUCUGAUCUUUGUUCAGCGGGCUCUGCACCCCACAAAAUGGUUGGAAAAUGUCCACCAACAAUUCCAACCUUGGGCUCGAAGACAGGCCCAGAUUGGCUGGAGCCCCUCAUCACUACAAGUUACUUUGGCCCAUGCGAGUUGCAUACCGCAGAAUCGUGCUCAGCUGCGUCGCACAAGAACGAAUGUAACAUGUUUUGCAUGGAGUGCGCGUCGGUGGGGGAGCGGUACAGUCUGUGCACUCUCUGUGUUGCGGAGCAUCCCAGCCACAACAUUAUCCAGAUACGGCGCUCCUCCUACCAUGACUGCAUCAGGGUAAAUGAAAUUCAGCGGCUGGUUGACUUGUACAACAUCCAGACGUACAUCAUCAACGGCAACAAGAUUGUCUUCCUGGCUGACAGGCCGCAGCUCAAGUCCACCAAGGGUCAAAUACAUUUGUGCGAGAUCUGCGACCGUGUCUUGAACGACCCCAUGCGUUUCUGCUCCCUGGGUUGCAAGCUUGCCGGCAUUGAGAAGGAUCCUGAGGAUGACACGCUGUCAAUGUGCCCCCGCUACCAGCCCGGCCUCCUCCCUGCUGACUCGGAAGACUCCCAGGGCUCGCGCAAGAAGUACGCCCUUGACAAGCAGCUCAAGCGCCAGCUCAGCACUCUCAGCCGCCAGAGCUCCCCUCCCCUGCCAGCGCUGCGCGAGGUCGGCGCCCCCAACUCGGACAACGAGUCGCCCUACCGGCCGUUCAAGAGCUACCGGAAGGUCCUCAGCGCGAGCGAGGAACGGCGGCUCGACGAGAGCGCAAAUCCGUUCCGGAGCCAGCAUCAGGAGCUCGUAAAGCAGCUCAGCGAGGCGUUUAAUGCGGGGGGAUUCCUGAAGAAGAAGCGGAGGGCUGCGGCCCAGCUGUCGCGGGCCCCCUCGCCAGUGCGGUUGGCGACGCCCAGCAGCAGCACCUCGUUGACGCCUCCCUCGACGCCGCCGUCGUGUGCGCAGUCGUACCGGGCAUCUUUUGGGAACAAGCGGAGGAAAGGGAUCCCCCACAGGGCGCCGGUCUGCUAGGUGGCUGGGUCGCUGCCCUCCCCCGCUUGUGUGGACCAACAUUCUUGAGACUAGCAGCUGGCAGUGAUCAAGUCGUUCAAUUUCGCACAUAUGGCAGGGCUCGUUGCGACGGGUAUCCUAUUUAUCAAUGGUUCACUUCCUAGACAACUGUAGAUAUGCCACCCUAGGUCGUUCGCCAGCGUUUGCGUGUGCUUGCCAGGUAUAUACCUAGAAGGACGUUUACUGAAUCUGAUCCGAGUAUGUACAUUACAAUGUCCCUUGCUUUACGUAGCACUAGCUAAAAUAGCUUGUGGACCUACGAACUUUACCGAGCCCUAAUAAGUCAAAAGUGUUUGGAGUUCUUUACUGAGUUGGGUUGACUCACAUUGGUUCCGCCAACUGAUCCUCAUCUUCAGAUCGUUGAGAG